GAGGUAUGAACUCAACGUCCAGGUGAGACAGAUCCACAACCAGGUCAAGCGCAACUGAGCACAAAGAUGAAGUUUGAAGAUCUUCUCUCAGAAAUUAAUGGAUUCGGAAGGUUUCAGAAGAUGGUCCUGAUCAUCAACUUCUUUGGUCGAUUCAGUCUUGCGUGUCAUUUCCUGUUAGGCAACUUCAUUGCUGUCAUCCCGUCUCAUCACUGCGAUAUCGGCUCUCUGGAUGCUGACGGGAUCCUUGGGAAUCUGAGUCGAGAAGAGAGACUGACUGUCAGUAUUCCUGCACAGGAGGAUGGGACUCCUGCUUCCUGUCACAUGUUCUCGUAUCCUCAGUUCCACCUGCUGAUGAACUCCUCCAGACCUUCAGAGGUUGCUGUAGUGGAGUGUCAGAAUGGAUGGGAGUAUGACAACAGCACAUUCAUCAGCACUCUCGCCACACAGUGGGAUUUAGUGUGUGACAACAGAGCACUGAGCAGAUUGACAACCACCAUCUUCUUCAUUGGGGUCAUGUUUGGAGCAGCUGCUUACGGGAGCCUGAGUGCAAUGUAUGGGCGUAAGCCGAUGUUGUUGGUGUCACAUAUAUCAGGAAUGGGUUUUGGAUUGUGUAGUGCUUUUUCUUCCUCCUUCAUCAUGUUUGCAGUGCUGAGAUUCUUCACUGGAUUCACCAUCACUGGCAGUGUCAUCAUCUCCACUGUACUCAAUGUGGAGUGGGUGAGCAUUGAGCACAGAAAGCUUGUAGGGGUGAUUGACAGCCUGUCUUGGACAUUUGCCUUCAUGAGCAUUUCCCUGAUUGCAUACUUUAUUCGAGACUGGAGAUGGCUGACAGUUUCCAUCUCAUUGCCCACCAUUAUUGCCAUAAUCACUUGGUGGUGGAUUCCAGAGUCGGCUCGGUGGCUGAUUGCUAAUGGGAAGGCAGAUAAAGCUUAUAAUUAUCUUCAUAAAUGUGCUGUCAUGAAUCGUAAAAAAGAAGGCACUGCUAGGAUAAACCCUGAGGAGUUGGCUAAAAUCAUAGUUACUGGAAGAGGGAACAGGAAGUAUUCAUACCUGGAUCUGAUCAAGACUCCUAAGAUGAGGAGACUGGCUUUACUCACAGGAAUCACCUGGUUUUCUGUCGCCACUGUUGCCUAUGGAAUUAGUUUCAACAUUUCAAGCUUUGGACUAAAUAUGUACCUCACUCAGUUUGUGUAUGGUGCAAUUGAGAUUCCUGCCAAAUUGAGCAUCUAUUAUCUGCUGGAUAAGUUUGGAAGACACAUAACUCAAGCUGGAUCCUUGCUGUUGGUUGGAAUCAGCCUCAUGAUUAACAUAUUCAUACCCAAAGAUAAGACAGUGGUCCGUACGGUUAUAGCCGUGCUGGGAAAAGGCUGCUCCGCCACGUCUUUUGGUACAGUUAUUUUAUACAGUUCUGAGCUUUACCCCACUGUUUUAAGGCAAAAUGGGAUGGGCUAUAAUUCCUUCGUGGCACGUCUCGGUGUGUCUGUGGCUCCUCUGAUCUUGCUAUCGGAUGAUAUAUGGAGCCAUUUCUCUCAAGUCAUCUUGUCUUCUAUUGCAAUCUCUGCUGCUUUAGUGGCUUAUCAGCUACCAGAGACACGAGGCAGGUGUCUGCCUGAGACUAUUGAGGAUGUUGAGGGAAUGAGGAAGGGCACUGAUGGCUCACCACUACAAGAUCGAAAAAUGGAGGAAAAAGAAGGCAGUAGGGUGAAAUGGAAAGAUGAUUUAAUUUUGCAGAACACAUAACUAUAGCAUCCAUAGAUCCAUCAAAUUUCCUAUUUAUGUGUUACUGUAUCAUUUAAUUAAACAAUUUUAAGAGAAAUUUGAA